ACUACUCGAGUCACUCUGGCACUCGCAGUCCCCGAAGACCCCAACCACGAUGAUCGAUCGCCCCCUUUCCUCCCGUCGCUUUCCUCCGCCGCACUCUGACGCCGAUGCCACCACCUCCGGUGACUCCACCAUUGACGCGGACGUCUCCGCCGACGAGUCCAAGAUUAAGCGCCCCCACAUCUAUCUCCUCGCCUCCAAUCUCCUCUCUCGGAUCGGCCAUCAAUGGUGGCCUUGCCUUAUCCUCUGCCUCCUCCUCUUCAUCCUUCUCUGCCUCACCUCCUUGGCCUUCCAUUCUCACAGCUUCGUCUGCAUCUCCCGCUUCGAUCCGGUCGCUCGGGUCGGGUUCUUAGGUAUUGACGGGCUCGAAUCGGACUUCGGAGCCCUAGGUGUUCCUUGGUGCAGAUCGAAACAUGGAAAAGAAGUUGAGUGGACAUCAAAGGAUUUACUGAAGGGUCUAGAAGAGUUUGUGCCGAUAUAUGAAACGCGGCCGAUACAGAACAACAUGUAUGGGAUGGGUUUCGACCACAGCUUCGGUCUUUGGUUCAUGGCCAGAUGGCUGAAACCAGAUUUGAUGAUUGAGAGUGGUGCUUUCAAGGGACAUUCAACUUGGGUUCUGCGGCAAGCCAUGCCAGAUACACCAAUUAUUUCACUCUCACCCAGGCACCCCGAGAAGUACCUGAGAAAGGGGCCUGCUUAUGUGGAUGGAAACUGCACAUACUUUGCAGGAAAGGAUUUCGUUGAUUUCGGAAGUGUUGCCUGGAAAAACGUGUUGAAAAAACAUGGGGUAACGGACAUCAGUCGGGUUCUCGUGUUUUUCGAUGAUCAUCAGAAUGAACUGAAAAGAUUGAAGCAGGCACUGAAGGCAGGUUUCAGACAUCUGGUUUUUGAGGAUAACUAUGAUACUGGAACAGGGGAUCACUAUUCGCUGAGACAGAUAUGUGACCAGUCAUACAUAAGAGGAGGUGGCCACAGCUGCUUCAAAGACAGCGAUGAAGCCAGAAUCAGAGCGAAGAGGAAGAAAUUCUGGGAAAAAGCGGUAGACAUAAAGGAGCUAUGUGGAACAGGGGAAGCAUGGUGGGGAGUCAGGGGAGAAAUGAGGGACAACUUCAACCAUAGCAACACACCCAUCUCGCACGGACAACACUUCCAGAACAGCAGGUUCGCUGAAUCGAUUCUCGAUGUGUACUGGGAGUUGCCCCCCGUGGCUGGACCUUCCUUGACCCAUCAAUCCCGGUACGACCCGGCUCGUGUCACUCCUCCUAUCGUAGAAGAUGGUCGAUAUCGUUUAUUCCAACGGCUUGGUUUAGGUAGGCUCGAUGUGUCGGUUUUCAAUGGCUAUACGCAGAUGGUUUACGCUCAAAUUUCGAAGCCCGGGUCUUAGGGAUUGGACUGAACUGUGAGUUGAUGACGAGUGUUUUGUUCUAUUAGAUUCAGAUAAUUCAAAAUCUCGAAUACCUAACCUAAACGUACCCCAUUAUGGGUAGUUUAAACAAGACUAGUUCCGAAAUUUCAUGUGGGAAUAUUCAUAAACUUGAUACACGGUUCAUGUUUUUAUACAGUUUUUAUAGUAUACAA